AUGGCUCCGGGAGAAAAGGAAAGAGAGGAGGGGCCAGCCAAGAGCGCCCUCCGGAAGGUCCGUACAGCCACCCUGGUUAUCAACUUGGCCCGAGGUUGGCAGCAGUGGGCAAAUGAGAACAAUACAAGGCAAGCCCAGGAACCGGCAGGCUGGCUGCCCGGAGGGACGCAGGACUCAUCCCAGGCUCCCAAACCAGUACCUAGCCCCAAUUCUCACCAAACAGCUCAGAGUUCCCCUGAGUCUGCAGCCCUAGAGCCGGUGAGACACGGAGAUGUACAAAGGUCGGAGGAUGCCACCGAGAUCUCGCACAUCAAAAGAAAGGAGGUGACCAAAACAGUUGUCAGCAAGGCAUAUGAGCGAGGAGGUGACAUGAGCCAGCUCAGCCAAAAGUAUGAGAAAGACAGCCACAUGCGUGAACCGGACCAGCCAGAGAACGAUAUUGACAGAAUUCUCCACAGCCAUGACUCCCCAACUCGGAGGAGAAAAUGUGGCACCCUGGUGUCUGAGCUGACCAAAGGCUGGAAAGAGAUGGAACAGGAGGUGCCCACGUGGAAGAGCGACAGCAUAGACACGGAGGACAGUGGCUACGGAGGGGAGACAGAGGAGAGGCCUGAGGAUGGAGUGCAGGUGGCUGCUGCUGCCAGGAUCAAACGUCCCUUGCCCUGUCAGGCAAGCAGAUUUGCAGAGAAUCUCAACUGCCAAGCCCAGCGCAAAUACAGCCAAGUGGGUGACCUGAAAGGGAGAUGGCAACAGUGGGCUGAUGAACACAUCCAGUCCCAGAAGCUCAAUCCAUUCAGUGAGGAAUUUGAUUAUCAGCUGGCCAUGUCCACCCGCCUGCACAAAGGAGACGAGGGCUACGGCCGUCCCAAGGAGGGAACCAAGACGGCAGAGCGGGCCAAGCGGGCUGAAGAGCACAUCUACAGGGAGAUCAUGGACAUGUGUUUCAUCAUCCGCACGAUGGCUCGCCACAGACGGGACGGCAAGAUCCAGGUGACUUUUGGAGAGCUCUUUGACAGAUACGUUCGCAUUUCAGAUAAAGUGGUGGGCAUCCUCAUGCGUGCCAGGAAACACGGACUGGUCGACUUCGAGGGAGAGAUGCUGUGGCAAGGCCGAGAUGACCAUGUUGUCAUUACGCUACUUGAGUAGAUCUUCAACAAUAAAAGCCCAAAGUGACCCA